AUGGUUUUAGUUCAGGACCUGCUGCACCCAAGUGCCGCCUCUGAGGCCAAGAAGCACAAGCUUAAGACCCUCGUGCAAGAGCCAAGAUCAUUUUUCAUGGACGUCAAGUGUCCCGGAUGUUUGCAAAUCACCACCGUGUUCUCCCACGCCCAAACUGCCGUGACCUGUGAUUCGUGCACCACUGUUCUGUGUACGCCAACUGGAGGUAAGGCUAAGCUCUCUGAGGGAUGUGCAUUCAGAAGAAAGUAA